AUGGAAUUGGGAAUCACCGUCCAACCUGCUCUGUCCGGUACCGUAUCACAAAGAGGGGAAGAAGUGGAGGCACUCAGCACAGAGCCUGCGGCCAGCAUAAUACCGCAACCUGGAGAUUCGUCUACGGACUUGGGCAUUGUAGAUCAACUUGCCGAGUCCGAUCAACUUGCCGAGUCCGAUGCCGAAUCACCAAGGAGGGCUGAUGUGGAACCAGUCGGCACAGAACGUGCAACCGAACAGCCGAACAACCGUGAUCUCAUCAACCUUCGAAACUCUCAAGACCCUUCAGAAUGUUGGAAGCUCUUUGUGGGGGAGAUGUGGAAACUUUUCGUUGAUGGAGCGUCGAACUGUCACGGUGCCGGGCUAGAAAACCCAAUCGGUGGCUCCAUCCCUCAACAAUUGGGAUUGCUCAGCUUCUUCAAUGAGCUUGGCUUGUAUACUAACAAUCUCACGGGUUUCAAUCCCUUCUUCAAUUGGAAACUUGGGCAACUUAACCAUUUUGUACCUUUAUGGACAACCAACUUUCUGGAUCAAUCGCCUCCAGAAAUUGGGAUGCUAAAAGGUCUCCUCGUUGAUCUGAAACUCUCAAUGAACAAACCUCACGGUUCAAUCCCUGCAAUCUAUAGGGAACUUGGGCAACUUAACCACUCUGCACAGACCUUUUUGAACCAACUUUCUGGAUCAAUCCCUCAAGAAGUUGGGGAUGCUGAGCUAAUUGGGGUUGUGAUAAGGGGUUCAAUCCCUUCUUCAAUUGGAAACUUGGGCAACUUAACCAGUCUGCUCCUUUAUGACAACCAACUUUCUGGAUCAAUCCCUCAAGAAAUUGGAAUGCUGAGGUCUCUCAUUGAACUCAUACUCUAUAGGAACUAUCUCACCGGUUCAAUCCCUGCAUCUAUAGGGAACUUGGGCAACUUAACCACUCUGCACCUUUUUGACAACCAACUUUCCGGAUCAAUCCCUCAAGAAAUUGGGAUGCUGAGGUCUCUCAUUGAACUCAUACUCUAUAGGAACUAUCUCACCGGUUCAAUCCCUGCAUCUAUAGGGAACUUGGGCAACUUAACCACACUGCACCUUUAUGACAACCAACUUUCUGGAUCAAUCCCUCCAGAAAUUGGGAUGCUAAGGUCUCUCGUUGAUCUCGAACUCUCAAUGAACAACCUCACGGGUUCAAUCCCUGCAUCUAUAGGGAACUUGGGCAACUUAACCACUCUGCACCUUUUUGACAACCAACUUUCUGGAUCAAUCCCUCCAGAAAUUGGGAUGCUAAGGUCUCUCGUUGAUCUCGAACUCUCAAUGAACAACCUCACGGGUUCAAUCCCUGCAUCUAUAGGGAACUUGGGCAACUUAACCACUCUGCACCUUUUUGACAACCAACUUUCUGGAUCAAUCCCUCCAGAAAUUGGGAUGCUAAGGUCUCUCGUUGAUCUCGAACUCUCAAUGAACAACCUCACGGGUUCAAUCCCUGCAUCUAUAGGGAACUUGGGCAACUUAACCACUCUGCACCUUUUUGACAACCAACUUUCUGGAUCAAUCCCUCCAGAAAUUGGGAUGCUAAGGUCUCUCGUUGAUCUCGAACUCUCAAUGAACAACCUCACGGGUUCAAUCCCUGCAUCUAUAGGGAACUUGGGCAACUUAACCACUCUGCACCUUUUUGACAACCAACUUUCUGGAUCAAUCCCUCCAGAAAUUGGGAUGCUAAGGUCUCUCGUUGAUCUCGAACUCUCAAUGAACAACCUCACGGGUUCAAUCCCUGCAUCUAUAGGGAACUUGGGCAACUUAACCACUCUGCACCUUUUUGACAACCAACUUUCUGGAUCAAUCCCUCCAGAAAUUGGGAUGCUAAGGUCUCUCGUUGAUCUCGAACUCUCAAUGAACAACCUCACGGGUUCAAUCCCUGCAUCUAUAGGGAACUUGGGCAACUUAACCACUCUGCACCUUUUUGACAACCAACUUUCUGGAUCAAUCCCUCCAGAAAUUGGGAUGCUAAGGUCUCUCGUUGAUCUCGAACUCUCAAUGAACAACCUCACGGGUUCAAUCCCUGCAUCUAUAGGGAACUUGGGCAACUUAACCACUCUGCACCUUUUUGACAACCAACUUUCUGGAUCAAUCCCUCAAGAAGUUGGGAUGCUGAGGUCUCUCGUUGGUCUCGAACUCGAAAUGAACAACCUCACUGGUUCAAUCCCUGCAUCUAUAGGAAACUUAGGCAUGUUAACCACUUUGUUCCUCAAUCGAAAUAUGCUUUCAGGACUCAUUCCUUCGACAAUUGGAAACUUGACAAAGUUGAAUACAUUAGAUUUAAGUCUAAAUCCAUUAUCAGGCUCCAUUCCUUCAGAGAUAGGAAAUUUAAAACAACUUGGUUAUUUGUCAUUCGUUGAUAACCAACUCACUGGCUCUAUUCCUCCAAGAUUGAACAAUCUUACACAUUUGAAAUGGUUUCAGAUAGGUUACAACAAGCUCGUUGGUCAUUUACCAGAAAACAUAUGCUUUAGUGGAUUACUUACAGAAUUAAGUGCAGAUGACAACAAUCUCACGGGUCCUAUCCCAAAAAGCUUGAAAAAUUGCCAUAGCCUACAUAGAGUCAGGCUUGAAGGAAACCAACUGUCGGGCAAUAUAUCAGAAGAUUUUGGCAUAUACCCAAACUUGGAUUACAUUGAUUUGAGUCGCAACAAUUUCUACGGUGAGCUAUCUAAAAAAUGGGGAAAAUGCCACAAUAUAACCAGUCUCAAAAUGUCUAGGAAUAAUAUUUCUGGUGAGAUACCACCUGAAUUGGUAGAGGCAACUCAACUAUCUGUCAUUGACCUUUCUUCGAAUCAUUUAGUUGGAGAGAUCUCAUUGAAAUUAGGAAGGUUGGUUUCAUUGUUCGACCUUAGGCUGAAUGAUAACCAACUAUCAGGCAACAUUCCUCUAGAACUCGGCAAAUUGUCGAAUCUUAGGUUUCUUAACUUGGCAGCAAAUAAUCUAAGUGCCUCAAUCCCUAGAGCACUAGGAGAGUGCAAGAAACUUUGGAACUUGAAUUUGAGCAAUAAUAGAUUUGGGGAAAGCAUUCCUAUUGAAAUAGGCUAGAUCAACACUCUUCAAAGUCUUGAUCUUGGUAAUAACUUGCUAAUUGGUAAGAUACCACAACAGAUUGGAGAAUUGCAAAGCUUAGAAACGUUGAAUCUCUCCCACAAUGAGUUCUUUGGUUCUAUGCCAUCAUCUUUCAAUAAAAUGGUAAG